AUGACUGAUAGAAGACCUGUUGGUGCUUACAACAACAUUGCCAAGAGCAUUCGUUCGAAUGCAAGUGCCGGUACCGACGCACAAACUGAUAUUCCAAAAACCCUUCAAUGUGUUUUCUGCAAAAAGGACAAACCUUACGAGGCUUUCUCUACUACAAUGAUUUCAAAGACAUCUUAUAACCCUUAUGCUCCGUCUUCCUUCAAUGCCAAAAAGAAAGCGAUCAGUUGUAAGAGCUGCACUGCAACUUCUGUCACUCAUUUGACUUGUAUGAUUUGUUCCGAGAAAAUGCCAUUAAACAAGUUUGCGAACACCCAAAGAAAAAACCAUGAAAGAGCUCGUUGUAAAAAGUGUAUCGAGAAACGUCAAGAGGAAGAUGUCUGGAGCGACAAUGAUAUCACAGAUUCUGACGACGAUUACUAA